UUGAUCAUUUGUUUUUUUGAAAAAUGUGGAAUGUACUAAUGCUAUUCAUGGUUUCACUUUAAAGAUAAAGGAUGAAUGAGUUUUGUCCUAACGUAUUGUUGAGCUGCUAGCUCAGAAUGGGUGGAGUUAUCUCCAGGGACUAAUGCUAAUCCGGACAAAAAGGAAGAGAAUGAAACCGAGACCACGAAGGUAGAAAGAGGAGAGACUGAGAAAUGGAAUAAAGGGACGGUGAAACAAAUUCAGAUCUGUUUCUCUUUCUCUCAGCCAUGUGUUUGUGAUUACACCAUUUGAAGGGUGAAGAGAACUCACAGGCAUGAUAUAGAAAAGAGCAAUACGGGAACCACACUCAAGUAAUGAGGUGAAGCACAAAGAGGGCUAAAGCAGCUUGUAACUACUGCUACUAGUUACCGUCCAUACUCUGCUGCAUGUGAGCCUUGAAGACUAACCCAAGGAGGAGAGUUGGUCCUCCGAGUGUACUCAUUCAAUGCUCCAGAAACGCCAUGGGCCACAGCUGGGGAACGCCCAAUACGCCUUAGACUACCACAUCUCCUGCACCCCUUCCAUCUCCGUCCUAGGCCCCCUCUGACCCCCCCUUCCCCAUUGGCCAAAAUGCAGAAGGUGGGGCAGUGGUCGGCAGAGGAGGUGUCCCAUUGGCUGAACGAAGAGGGGAUGCAGGAGUACACCGACUCCCUCCAGCAGAUGGACGGCUCUGCCCUUCUGCGACUCACACAGGCCGACUUCCUGACGCCACCGCUGUCGCUGGUCUCCUCCGACAAUGGGCGGCAGCUCUUGGAACGGCUGGAGACCCUACGGAUCGAGCACCACAUGAAUGGCCAUGCCAAUGGCAAUGCAGGGCUGCCAAAUGGCACGGCCAAGCCCCAGCACAACGGCUCGCUGGGGCUCAAUGGCUUCCGGAAGGAGAUGGUGCAAAUCCCUAUCCCCAUGGCUGUGGUUGAACGCUCUGGCUUCCCCCAGGAGUGGGGAAAAACCGGCGUGGCCUUUGUCUACGCAGUCUUCUGCUUCGUCACCACCUCCGUGAUAAUCUCUGUGGUCCAUGAGAGGGUGCCGGCCAAAGAGCACACCCCACCGCUGCCUGAUAAGUUUUUUGAUCUGUUUGACCGGGUGGAGUGGGCCUUCUCUAUCUGCGAGAUCAAUGGCAUGCUGCUAGUGGGGCUGUGGUUGGUGCAGUGGAUCCUGCUUAAGUACAGAUCAAUUAUUGGACGUCGUUUUUUCUUCAUUGUGGGCACCCUCUACCUGUAUAGGUGCGUCACAAUGUACAUCACUACUCUGCCUGUUCCAGGGAUGCACUUCCAGUGUUCUCCAAAGCUGUUUGGAGACUGGGAAGCUCAGAUGAGGAGGAUCAUGAAGAUGAUCGCUGGCGGUGGCCUCUCGAUCACCGGAUCCCACACCAUGUGUGGAGACUACUUGUACAGUGGUCAUACUGUCAUGCUAACGCUAACCUACCUUUUUAUCAAAGAGUAUUCCCCUAAGAGGUUUUGGUGGUACCACUGGUUCUGCUGGACUUUGAGUGCAGUCGGCAUCUUCUGCAUACUGCUGGCCCAUGACCACUAUACUGUGGAUGUGGUGGUAGCCUACUUCAUCACAACACGCCUCUUCUGGUGGUACCACACCCUGGCUAACCAGCAGGCACUGAAAGAGACGUCUCAAAGCAACCCGUUCUCCAGAGUCUGGUGGUAUGGACUGUUUCAAUACUUUGAGGAGAAUGUCAAGGGUAUUGUCCCCCGGAAUUAUCAGCUACCAUGGCCGUUGCGAUUGUCACCGUGGAUCCGAGGUGUGAAGUACAGCAGACUGGACACCCAGUGACCCAGGUCCUAUGACGGGUGGGAGCUGAGGGGAUAGACUUCCUGAAGAGGAAGGAGGUGUUGUUUUGCCAAGACAUUGCUUCUCCCUUCAUGUGUAUGGUUCUGAAGUCCAACUGACUAGCACUGUGACCACUGUCUGUUUUACUUUUCCUUGAAAAUGUAGAACACUUAUUUCAUAAUUUCUUUUUCUUUGGACACUGUAAUUGCUGCUUUGUCUGCGGCAAAUUUGGCUAUAAUUUCAAUAUAUUUCAAGAAUUUUGGUUUGUUUUGACUAUAUCUGACAAGCGAGUUAAAUUUGUUUUCUUAGCAUACUGUUCCUAUAAGGUCUACAGAGUUCAAAUUAUGUCACAGACAUUAUUCUUUUACUAGAAAAAUGCCAUACACAGUCUGAGACUUUUAGAUGCAAAGUUUUCAUUUUUUACAAAUGUUUUUGUUUUGUAAAACUGCAACAUGGCAAUGGUGAAAAAAUAAUUUUCUAACUUUAAUCUACAUUAUUUUUAAAAACAAAUGAUGUCCAUAACAAUAUUUUUAGAUUUCUACCUUUUUCAAGAUGGAACACUGAAAGCAGAAGAGUCUAAUGUGGUAGUUUUUCUAGUGCCUUCUUUCGCUUGAUUGUAUAAUGUGUCUGUGUUCCUCUGCCUUGUGUGUCUGUCUGUCCACAAGGUUUCUAAUUAUCUUUCAUGUCCUGUCGCAUGAAUGUAACAAUAAUAACGCCAGCCUUACAGUAUAUGACAAUUGGUCUUCCCCAAACAAGAAAUGGUGACAUGUGAAGUAUCCUGUCUAUUACAGUAUUUCUUUCUUGUUUUCCAAAGUCAGUGUUUUUAUAGCAGUUAAAUGACUGUUAGGUUUUUGGACAUUUAUUUUCUUGUUCGGUCAUCAUCCUAACAUCAGGAGGUAGUGUCCCCUUUUUGCUGAGAUGUCUGUGCAGGACAGGGGUGCAUAACCUCAGUCCCAGAGGAUUUAUGAAGUCCUAGUAGCAUGUAUUUUUGACUGUAGAGCUCUUUGGUUUGCUAACCAUAUUUUAUGAAACAUCAACUUUAGUUGCUAACUUAAUAAAGGCCCUGAAGGACUAAACUGGACUAAAGUUGUGCAGCAUACCUACACAUCUUAAGAGAUUUGGAUCCCGUCUCUUGUCAAAUAGUAGUCUAAAGACCCACAUAUUGUGUCUUAGAGGCUGAUGUCGAUGUGGCCAAUAGAACUCUGUUGCUGAAUGUACCCUGCGAGAAUGUCUUACUGAUAAAUCUAUGAUUCAAGGGACUACCAGUGAAUGUCUUAAAGACAAAUUAGGUUUAGCCUCAGCUUAAGAAAGGAAGCAGCAGCGGUUGUUGUCCACACACAGCGUCACCUUAGUUGUGGUAUCUUUAAGUGGUAGAUGACCAUCUCUUUAUUGAUCAUUGUACAUUGAGGUUCACAAGGGUAACAUGUACCAAUGUAACAAACUGCUAAUCUCAUUGACAGUCUGGAAAGUUUAGAAAUAUGAAUGUGAAUGACAGAAAUGUCUCUAGACUUCUUGAUUCAACCCACAUAAUAUUGCUGUAACAGGAGAGUAGUUGGGUGAUAAUGCCCAAUGGCUCUUUUUAUCCAGCCAUUUCUCUCUUAGGAGAAGCUAGAAGGGUUGGCAUUGUUAGGCCAAACUACAAAAGAAAUGUAAUUUGUCCUGAAUGAUGGUCAUUUAAGUCAAUAUGUUAAUGUUUAUGAAAGUAUGAUAUUUGGACUUGAAAUGGAAAAUCCUAGAAAUACACCUCCAAUUUCUCAAGGAGUGUUUUCAUUUUCUUUUUUUGUUAAUAUUAUUUUCAGCCUAUGUUUUGAUUGAGGCCUAGUUUUUCUUUUUAAUGUUUCCACCCACCCAGUGAGCCAAACAACUUCCCUGUAGCGCUUUCCUAACCAAAUGUGACAUGUGAAUUUAACACAUACAACUGAGAAAUCAACUUGAGCAGCCUUUCAAAUGGUAACUACUAGUGGGUUCCAGUCAGUCAUACUUUAGUCAUAGUUUAAUUCUCCAGCUUCAGGAAAUGACCUCUGUAAAAAUGAAACGCUACAACCAAUAUUUAAACAGUCUGUUUUGAUAAAAAAAAAAAAACAAACAUGAAUUGCAGUUGACACAGCUUGUUAGACAUGCACCUAUCAAAUCAGUGAAUGCAUCAAAAUAUAUUGAGGCUUCACAGCUGGUUAUUAUCCACCUCAUGCUUGUUUACGAAUGCAUCACUACACUUGGCUGGAUAUGGAGCAAAUGCAAAUAGAAGGUGCACUUGUGUUUUUGCACCAACAUUUUUACAAACCAGAUCUCAUAUUCCUUUAGAUUUUUUGUUUUUGAAGUAUUAUAUAGUUUUUCUUAAUUGCUCCAAGAUGAAUGGUUUUAACCACUGCAUGUACUGGUAGUAAAUGUACUACUUUGGUCCAAACUGCUUCAAUGUUGGUUAUUCAUGUUAGGCUACAAAACCAGAUCAUUUCACUGUUCCACAUGUGUAUUAGUAUCAUACUUUUGGUGUUUUCAAUCAUUUCAGAGGUCUACUGACAUUUGCUGCACAGUAAGAGCCAUACUUUGAUUUGAGGUGAACAUACUCAACUUAGUUGGGAAGUGGAAGGAAAAGUCAGAUUGUGCUUUGAAUAUAUAUCAAAAUAAUUUAAAUGUUUAAGGGAGAGAAAUUAGUCCAUGCUAAUCAAUGACAAAUACUGACAGUUGAUGUAAUUGUAUGUUUACUUUGUGAAUCAACAAUCCAAUUAAUGUAUUUUGUGGUGUAUAUCAGAUGUUUGUAAGCUAUGAUGAAUAUGACAGAGGAUUAUAUCUGGAAAGCUUUCGAAUAAAAUAUAUAUAUAUUCA